GCACUCGCGGCUCCCUCUUUUCCCCUGCUCUCUUCGGCGCGCGCUGGAAGUAGGGGAGGAACUUUGACCGGCGCUCCAGCUCCAGUUGCUAGUUAGCAGCAGCCAGCUAGCUCUUUUCCUGGACAGUUGUUUUUUUUCCUGUGUUUUGUGUGUCGUUUCAUAUGCAGAGAGAUGUGGUUUAUUUAUUUACUCAGCUGGCUGUCGUUGGUGAUCCAGAUAUCGUUCGUCACUCUCGCGAUAGGUGAGUACACGCUGGGGGAUGAUGUGCAAACAUAGCUGCUGGUUGCAAUCUGCUGGCUAAUGCUAGCGGACCAUUUAAUGAGGCAUAAUUAUGUAAUGUGGCAGCCUCUGAGUAUCCAGAGCAGUUAGCGUGUAAAUAAAGACACAUGUAAGCGGUAUAUUUGUCCCAAAAAGAUCCAGUAUUUGUGGUUUAUUUCUAAUCCAAACGAGGCUAAUGAGGGUCUCUAGGGUGUUUAGUUUGUUUGUAUGAGACUAGACUGUAGCCUGAGGUCUAACCUGUACUGUGGAGUUGGAGUGAACACCUGGAAAGGAGCCAACCCCCUCCACGUUGACUGAAACUUACCUGUCCACGUAACACUUGCUGAAACAGUCAGGUGUGGCUCCUUACAGCUGAGACCUGAUAGUAACUCUGCAGACAGUGUUAACUGAACUCUCACUACUCCUUUACAGUGUUUCUAUCCUUUUAUUAUGAGUCUGCGAUAUUUGUACACACCGUGACCAAGAUGUAAGGACCUAAAUGUUUAUGGUAUCCUACCAGGUGAACAUGGCAGAGUCACACAAAGUGAAAGUGAAAAUGGACACGGGUGGAGAUAGUGUAGCUCUGUGUGACUGUGUAGCUGAAACAAAUGAGGAUAGAUGUUGAGAUGCCUCCCUCUGGUAAUAAUUCAAGAACUUUAAUGGUUUCUCUUUUACAAUGAGUUAUAAACCAUUAAAGGGACAUUCCGGCGUAACAUUAAUCUAUGGUCAAACACCGAGUUAGACACCCCCUCAAGAGAUAAAUGUUGCCGACUGCUUGUUCCUCUAGUUAUACCAACUUUAGUAACGACCGCACGAUAGCAAUACACAGUGGUCCCAGGAGCCAUAAGCGAACCUCAACCAAAACACCACUCUAUAGCCACAAAUAAUGCUCAGAACAGUACCUAACUUCAUCAACAGUACAUAUAGGGUCCCAGCCAUAGUACUAGCCACCAAAUAUCUUUUUAACUUUGCCUGAUUUCUUUAUCAAAGAGACUAAACACAACUCACCUACUCUCGUCCAGCAGCUACUUGUUUGUAGCGAGACCAUUAUGGAUUACAGCGGAGUUUUGCAGCUCAAGGAAGAACAUUUAUGAUAAUUCAUGAAAAUGCUAUCAGACCGAGAAGCUGGAGGCAGAAGAACUACCGCGUCUGCAGUGCAAAAUGAUUAAUAUGAUUAUCACUUCAAGGAAAUAAUUAAGAAAUGAUCAUAAAUGUUCUUCCUUGAGCUGCGUCACCCCACAGAAGCCUGUAAUGGACUCUGUAUAAACAAGCGGCUGCUGGAAGAGAGGAGGUGAGUUGGGUUUAGUCUCUUUGCUAAAGACAUUAGGCAAAGUUGAAAAGAUAUUUGGUGGCUAGUACUAUGGCUGGGACCCUAUAUGUACUGUUGAUGAAGUUAGGUGCUGUUCUGAGCAUUAUUUGUGGCUAUAGAGUGGCGUUUUGGUUGAGGUUUGUUUAUGGCUCUUCAGACCGCUGUGUAUUGCUAUCCUGUGGUCGUUACUAAAUAUGGUAUAACUAGAGAAGCAAGCGGUCGGCAACAUUCACUUCUUGAUAUGGGGUGUCUAACUCAGUGUUACGGUGUGUUUGACCCUAUCUUAAUUUUACACCGGAAUAUCCCUUUAAAUAGAGAUCUCAAGUGUACCAAUAACCCUUUUGUAAGCGUUUCCUCAUUCUUUGUUGAGCUCACAAGCUGCUUUUUAUUACAACAGCAGGAUACUGGAGCCAGGUUUAGAUGAAUGAACCUGUGAAGCCUCUGAGUGCCUCGAACCUACUUUGUUAAAACAGAAAAUAGUGUUUUUUGCAUAGUCUUCACCUCCAUCUUUUAAAACUGUAAAUCCAAUCCAAUUUGCUUUACAUUUAAAAAAAAACAUCAAGUUUACCAAAGCGCUGCAAAAUGAAAUGAAAAGAACAGACACAGCAGAAAACAUCAAGAUAAAAUAAAUAACAGCAGGUAAAAAAAACUAAAAGGAAAUAAAAACACAAAAAGCAUAAAAGAAAAAAGGACAGAGAUCACGCAACUCUCACGCUGAGCUAAAAGCCACUGAAUAAAAAUGAGUUUUAAGACGUGAUUUAAAAGUAGAAAGAGUGGGGGAUGUUAAAUCUCGAGUGGCAAUUCGUUCCACAAUUUGGGAGCCACAGCCGAGAAAGCUCGAUCGCCAGGGUUAACUGAAGGAGAGAAGUUAAAACUCUAAAUAAAGUCAGGUUUCAUACAUGUCAGAAUAAUCCUGAUCAUAUUUUUUCAUUCUUCCAUGAUCUUUAAAAGGUUUCACCAGAAAUUCCAGCAGGCAGCGAUGAUCUAAAGAAAAAUGACCCAGUUUCUCUUUAACAUUUUGUAGUGAGCUGUUGGGCGCUGACAGGAGGAGGAACAGAGUUUAGGGUUUUUCUGCCUGCUGAGGUCAGAAGGGCGAGCCGCUCUGCUUUCACUGUUUUUCUCUCCUUUCUUCUUCUUCUUCUUUUGACUCUCUCUUUCUUAAAGCUCGGAUCGGCUUCGAGCGAUGGAGCUCUCAGACUCUCUCUCUCUGUGAGCCUCCGCUCUGUGAGCUCUCACCCUUUCAGCUCUUGGCAAUACGUGUUUUGACUCGUUCUUCUUUUCAGCCUCCGUUCCUCAUGAGUUCGAUAUCUGCGGGUCACGUCUGUGUUUUCAGGGUUUUUUGAUAACUUAUUGAUCUGAACUGAUAUUAUUUGGGCUUCUUUGUUCGCUUUGCCAUGUUGUUUUUGACAGGGCAGGCUGCUGAAAUAAACGGGCUGGCUCAGGUUAAAACCUUUAUCUGUACAGUUAUCUCUUAUGGGAUUAUCUGUAAACCAGUUUGACUUGUUUGUACAGCGUAAGAAAAUAGUCGAUAUCUUCUGUUUUUAAUUCAAUUUGUGUGCAUUUGCCUUUAAGACGUGUUAAAAACUGGAGUGUCAUCCUUGCUGACUUAGUAUUGUGCCGGCUACAGUCAUCCACAUGUAACAGUUCUCAUGAAAAGAUGUCUUUCUCUCAAACCAUGAAUAUUAGAUGCCUCUCCUCCUGCAGCUCCCGUGAAAAACCUUCAUCUCUUCUGUGUCUCCCUCCAGCUGCCGGCCUGUACUACUUGGCAGAGCUAAUAGAAGAAUACACAGUUGCUACUAGUCGAAUAAUAAAGUACAUGAUACUGGUGAGUGCAGUGAUGUUGUUCUCAUGUUUGAAUCAGAGAAGUAUGAGGUUAAUAACGCUGAUGUCUGUGUUUGUGUGAAUGUUCCCAGUUCUCCACAGGUGUGCUGGCAGGUCUCUAUGUUUUUGAAGGAUUCCCCAUGUUUAUGGUGGGGGUCGGCCUCUUCACUAACCUGGUGUAUUUCGGCCUACUGCAGACGUUUCCGUACAUCCUGCUCAGCUCCCCAAAUUUCAUCCUCUCCUGUGGUGAGCAGCUCAGACAGACACUCCCUUAAAGGGAUAUUCCGGCGUAAAACUAAUUAAGGGUCAAACACGCUGUGACACAGAGUUAGACACCCGCUCGAGAGAUGAAUGUUGCCGACCACUUGCUUCUCUAGUUAUACCAACUUUAGUAAUGACCGCACGAUAGCAAUACAGAGAGCCACACACUCAACCAAAACGCCACUCUAUAGCCACAAAUAAUGCUCAGAACAGCACCUAACUUCAUCAACAGUACAUAUAGAGUCCUAGCCACAGCAGUAGCCACCAAACAUCUUUGUAGUUUUGCCUAAUUUCUUUAGCAGAGAGACUACACACAACUCAUCUACUCUCUUCCAGCAGCCGCUUGUUUGUAGGGAGACCUCAGCUCAAGGAAGAACAUUUAUGAUCAUUUCUUUAUCAUUUCCUUGAAGUAAUAAUCAUCAUAUUUAUCAUUUUGCACUGCAGACGCGGUAGUUCUUCUGCCUUAGUGUCUCGGUCUGAUUGUAUUUCCAUGAAGUAAUGAUCAUAAAUGUUCUUCCUUGAGCUGCGAAACUCCGCUGCAGUAAUGGACUCGCCUAAGGUCUUGCUACAGAAAAGCGGCUGCUGGAAGAGAGUAGGUGAGUUGUGUUUAGACUCUUUUCUAAAAACAUUAGGCAUAUUCAAAAAGAUGUUUGGUGGCUAGGACUCUAUAUAUUGUUGAUGAAGUUAGGUGUUGUUCUGAGCAUUAUUUGUGGCUAUAGAGUGGCGUUUUGGUUGAGGUUUGUUUAUGGUUCCUCAGACCGCUGUGUAUUGCUAUCGUGCGGUCGUUACUAAAGUUGGUAUAGCAAGAGAAGCAAGCGGUCGGCAACAAUCAUCUCUCGAGAGGGUGUCUACCUUGGUGUAGUGAUGUGUUUGAACCCAACUGAAUUAAUGCUGGAAUAUCCCUUUAAAGUUGAAGCAAAGUUGAUACCAGGACUUACGAUCCUUCUUUCUUAUUCUGUUUUUUUGUCUCUGCCCUUCAGUGUUGGUAGUGGUGAACCAUUAUAUGGCCUUCCAGUACUUUGCACAAGAGUAUUAUCCAUUCUCAGAGGUAAUUUAAUCUCAGUCUUUCAAACUGUGUCUCAUUAUGAAUUUUUGGAGGAUCUUCUUCCGUUUAAAAUCAUCACUUGUCGUUAGGUGUUGGCGUACUUCACCAUCUGCCUGUGGGUGAUCCCCUUCGCCUUUUUCGUGUCACUGUCAGCGGGAGAAAAUGUGCUUCCGUCCACCAUGCAACAAGGAGGUGAGCUCUUUAUUAUGUUUCUCUGUCCAGCUUGAGAUUUCAAAUCUGACAGGUUGUUUCUUUUUUAUUUUUGUCUCAUCUCUUUGGAAAUUCUUGGAUUGCCUCUCUAUAUCAAACAAAAAUGACGCCUUAUUCCCUGAACAACCUUGAAACAGCAUGUGCACCAUAAAGUACACCACUUUUUAAUCAUAAAUAAAUGCAAAUAAAUUACAUAUUUGCUUUCCACCAGUUGUAGCACAAAGGGUAAGAGUGUGCGGAUGAUGGAUCGGUGGUUUUAUUAACGUUUCCUUUUCCUUCCAGAUGACGUGGUGUCUAAUUACUUCACAAAGGGCAAGAGAGGGAAGAGGUCUGGUAUCCUCCUCAUAUUCUCGUUCCUCAAGGAAGCGGUGCUGCCCAGCCGACAGAAAAUGUACUGAGGAGCGCUGAACUGGGAUGCAGCCUUGGGUUUGUGUGUGUGUGUGAGAGAGUGAGUGGGUGCGUACGUUCAUGGGAACCAGGAAAGACUGAAAAACUAAAUUUGUAUCCGGAUGGGACUGAAACAAAGAAGUGGCCAAAAAAGAAGGAAGAAAAAAGAAAAAAAAAGAAGAGGACGGACCAAUGAACGGGACAGAGCUUCACGCUGGACGAGUUUACACAGGCCACGUUCGUCUCUCCUUGUCUGUGUGUGUGAGUGUGUGUGUGUGUACCGACUGCCAACAUCUACUCGAGACCUCACUGAGGGGAUCUUCUCUGUAGCGUAAUGCUUUCUUAUGGUCAUGUUGGACUCCUCCAUUUUUUAAGCUUUGGUAUGAAACUGUAUGUGUGCCGAGUCCGACAUUAACAAAGACGAACCUGUAAAGUUUGACUCUUGCAGAUAAAUCAUCACUUUGGUUCCUCAGAUGCAUCUGCUAUCGGUUGUGUUUUGUAGGAAUCACACUUUAGAGGUAACAUCAAACACAAACUUAGAUAGAAGAACGGGGUGGCACUAGAGUUCUCUCUGACUAAAUCCUACUAAAACUUUGACUUUGGUGCCAAGUGAUCUGAAAGAGCUGCUGGCAAGAUGCCACAGACAGGCUUAAAGAGAUCACCCGAAAUAGUGAGGGUGUAAUAAAUCAGCCCCAUUAAGACUUCUUAUUCCAACUGUGAGGUUUUACAUGCUUAAAGGGACAGGUCUUUAUUUUUAAAGUGGGGUUUGUAUGAGGUUCUUGUCAACAGGAGAUCCUGGUUAGCUCAAAGAAACGAAAGCUAGAUGAUCAUUCGAGUUAACCGUGUGACUUUGCUUUUCUAAUCCAAAAAUUGCUGGGGUUUUUCAGGGUUUUAAUACUUAAAGGGAUAUUCCCAUGUAAAAUUAAUUUAGGGUCAAACACACAAUAACACUGAGUCAGACACCCCCUCGAGAGAUGAAUGUUGCCAACUGCUUGCUUCUCUAGUCAUAACAACUUUAACACUGUCCACACGAUAGCAAUACUCUGAGUAGCCAUUAAACAAACCUCAACCGAAACGCCACUCUAUAACCGCAAAUAAUGCUCAGAACAGCACCUAACUUCAUCAACAGUACAUAUAGGGUCCCAGCCACAGCACUAGCCACCAAACAUCUUUCAACUUUGCCUAAUUUCUUUGGAAAAGAGACUAAACACAAUUCACCUACUCUCUUCCAGCAGCUGUUUGAUUGUAGUGAGACCUCAUUACGGACUGCUGUGGGGUGUCACAGCUCAAGGAAGAACAUUUAUGAUCAUUAGGAAAUGAUAAAGAAAUUAUCAUAACUGUUCUUCCUUGAGCUGCAACACCCCACAGCAGUCCAUAAUGGACUGCGCUGAGGUCUCACUACAACCAAACGGCUGCUGGAAGAGCGUAGGUGAGUUGUGUUUAGUCUCUUUUCCAAAGAAAUUAGGCAAAGUUAAAAGAUAUUUGGUGGCUAGUACUAUGGCUGGGACCCUAUAUGUCCUGUUGAUGAAGUUAGGUGCUGUUCUGAUCAUUAUUUGUGGCUAUAGAGUGGCGUUUUGGUUGAGGUUUGUUUAUGGCUCCUCAGACCGCUGUGUAUUGCUAUUGUGCGGUCGUUACUAAAGUUGGUAUAACUACAGAAGCAAGAGGUCAGCAACAUUCAUCUCUCAAUAGGUCGUCUAACUCGGUGUUAUCUUGUGUUUGACCCUAAAUUAAUUUUACGCCGGAAUAUCCCUUUAAUGGACUGUCCUAAUGCCAUUAGAGAAAGGGUGAAAGAUGCACUUCAAUUUGGCAAUUCAAUUUGAACUUCUAAAAAUUGAAGAAAACAAGUGAAACAGUGGCGAAGGACCGUACCAAAAGUUCCUCAGAGGAGUUUUAAAAGUUUGAGAUAACGUGGUGGAGCUGAGCCCUCUGUAGCUUUCAUCUGCUUUUUAGGAUCUUCUAUGGAUUUACAAUUGGCGGGUACCUCAUACAUCUCCACUUGAAAAAAACUGAACCAUCCCUUUAAAGCACACUGUCUCAUUUCAUCACACAAACAAAACGAUUACUUCAAGAAAACUUUGAUAUAUCAUUUGGAUCAUUUACAAGCAGACAGAAAACUGCACUUUCUCUUUUUUACGUUUCGUUGUCUUAAGUCUUCACGUUCAUCAGUCGCUGCGCUGUAGUCUCCAGUACACCUGUCCUUUUUUUCUUUUUUUGACCGUUUAAAAGAAGAAUCACAGAAAUAACAGACUGAUGUUUUUUUCUUUUUUACAUUGAUUGUUGAGUUAACCCGACAUCAGAGACAACAACAUCGGAGCGAAAAACACUUUUGAAGAUGAAACCUGUGCGAAGACGCUGAAAGCUCACAGGUGUCAGGGACAAAAGCUGCUCGGAGUGGUUUGAUGAAAGAAGUACUUCUGCUGAAGAGGCUGGAAUUCUUUUUACCAUUUUACCGAGAGCGACUCAUUGUAGGCUGGUAUGCACACACACGUGUAAAAUAAAAUAAAAUAAAAAGAUUUUGUUGAAAUAACUCGCAGAUUAAAUGCUUCUUUUCAGUC